GUACUAUAUAAUAUUAAAAUACUUAAAUGGAGUCUCUAGAUACAAGGGAGUUUACACAUAAAGUUCCGGUUUCAGAAGUGGAGAGAAGUCUAAAUCUGAAACAGAGAAGAAAGAGAGAAGAACAGAUUCAGGGAGAGUCAACGGAUAUUAACACUCGAAUCUGUGCCAAUCUUCUUUGAAACAUCAUGAAGCUCAGACUAAAUGUUCGACCAAGUUGGAACCUUUAUUUCGAUGCUAAUCUAUCCAAAGAUCAAAAAGUGAUAAAACAACUCUCUCGCUUUGUGAUGCCUACAAACUCAACAGUUUCAUUUUGUAAUCAAUCUUUGACAAACUUCAAUAUGAAAGAGUUCUUAUCCAAAUCCAUUUCGGCCAGGAUUAAAGAGAUCAGUGUUUCCAGAAAUAAAUUCGAUAAAUCAACUUUGCAUUUCAAUUUGGUUCUUCGCACAAGUAUGCUCACAACAUCAAAUUUUUACUGUAAUUGUUUGGGAAACCUGAACAUGAAGCAACUCAAGAGGCUGUUUUCAGCCGCCAAGCAUACAAAAUCUCUUACAAUUUCCCAUUCCACACUUUGCCUCCCAGCUUGUCCAGACUUUUCAGACUGAUUCAGAGGCACAACUCUGUCCCAACUUAAAUUGAAUGAUAUAAAGGUGGAAAACAGAGAUAAGACAAAUAGAAACUUACAUGAGCUGGAUGGACUCAUUUCAGGCUUAUCUAAAUCAUCAGAUCUCCAUAAGAGCAUCAAGAGAGUCAGAAUCUUCAACUCGGAAACCUCUCAACAGCAAAACGAUCAAAUUGUAACGGAAUAUGGAUUUCCUUUUGAAUAAAAAUUAGCUCAACAAUUGUCCUCCAACUUCCUAACUUCCCCUAUC